AUGCAGACACUCACCACACUGAACCUCGCUAGCAAUGCAAUUGGCGAUGAAGGUGUUCAACAUCUGACUAAGAUUCUCGAAAAUAACAACACACUCACCACACUCAAUCUCGCUAAAAAUGGAAUCGAUGCUAAAGGAGCUGAGCACCUAGCUAAGGCUUUAGAAGGUAAUAAGACAUUAAUCACACUCAAUCUCUCCAGCAAUGAAAUCGGUACCGAAGGAGCACAACAUCUGGCUAAGGCACUUGAAAAUAACAACACACUUACCGAACUCGACCUGGCUAACAAUAACAUCUACAACGAAGGAACUCAACACCUGGCAAAGGCUUUGGAAACUAACAACACAUUAACUGCACUUAAUCUUGCUAGAAAUGAAAUCGGUGCCGAAGGAAUUGAACAGCUCACUAGUUUCCUCCGAAAUAACACGACACUUGUCACACUCAACCUUAAGCACAAUAAACUCGAGGUUGAUGGUGUCAAACAUUUGGCUGUUGGUUUGGAAAAUAACAAUACACUCCACAAGCUCGAUCUUACUCGCAAUCAAAUCGGGGAUCAAGGCGCACAAGAUCUGGCUACUGCUUUUCGAGAUAACAAGACGCUCGCUUAUCUAGGUCUCGAUGGCAACAAAAUCAAACAGCAAGGGGCUCAACAUUUGGCUGCUGCUUUUGAAAAUAAUAAAACACUGACAUUCCUUGAUCUCGCUGGGAAUGAAAUUGGAGAUCAAGGUGCGCAAGAUCUGGCUGCUGCUUUUCGAAAUAACACAACACUCACCACCCUUGACCUGCGACGUAAUGAAAUAGGAAAGGUAUCCAAGCAUCAUGUCAUGCAAACUUUGCGGGAAAAUACUACAUUGAAGUUAUUUUUAUGGGAUGACGUUGAAGAUCUUGACUGA